UAUCAUCCGUUUCUGGUCGUGUUUCACGAUAACCCCUACAUCAUUGACACGUUCGGUACACGUUCAUUGCCCAUUGUCUAAGUAAAAAAGCCAGUGUAACGUCGAAUUUCUUACGACUUGCUACUAAAACUGGUAGUAAAAGAUCCACGAAUCAUCCGAGAUAUGAUACGAACGACAACAAGUCUACGUAAUGAAUUGGCACACGCAAUACUACGAAGUUCUGUGCGGACGAAUACCGUAAGAUCGGUGGUCAUACGAUGUCUUCACAGAAAAUAUUUACAGAGGAUUCAAGUUCAUAAUAGCUUACGUUUUAUGGUAACUCCAUGGAAACAACAGUUGAGAUACUAUGCAGAUUAUCCAGAUCAUGUCAAAGUACAACUGCCAGCAUUGUCACCAACUAUGGAAACAGGCACAAUUGUCAGUUGGCACAAGAAAGAAGGUGAUAAGUUGAAUGAAGGUGAUUUACUUGCUGAAAUUGAAACUGAUAAAGCAACAAUGGGUUUUGAAACACCAGAAGAGGGCUAUUUGGCAAAAAUUAUAGUACCAGCAGGAACAAAAAAUGUUGCUAUAGGCAAACUAGUUUGUAUAAUUGUCUCAGAUGAAGCAUCUGUUACUGUCUUCAAAGAUUUUAAGGAUGAUGCUCCAGCUUCCCCUGCACCAAGUGCUCCUACUCCGGCCACUCCUCCACCAUCUCCUGUAACACCGCCAGCACCUGCAGCACCUACAGCACCUUCUGCCCCAAAACCACUGCCUACGACACCAGGAGAGAGAAUAUAUGCUAGCCCAUUGGCUAAAAGGCUUGCAGCUGAGAAAGGCCUUAGUCUGCAAGGUCUAAUAGGUUCAGGAUUAUAUGGAGCCAUAACGUCCAAAGAUUUAGCAGGUGCAUCAGUUGCAGUUUCUCAACCUGCAAUAACAGCUACAGGUGUACCAGGAGUAGAUGUUCCUGUAUCCAAUAUCCGCGCAGUAAUUGCGAAACGUUUAUUGGAAAGUAAACAAACAAUUCCACAUUAUUAUUUAUCAAUAGAUGUAAAAAUGGACGCCGCUCUUGAAAUGCGAGAACAGUUUAAUAAAAUGCUAGAGAAAGACAAAAUAAAACUUAGUGUAAACGAUAUUAUUAUCAAAGGAAUGGCGAUGGCUUGUAAAAAAGUACCUGAAGGUAACAGUGCAUGGUUGGGAGAAAUUAUUAGGCAAUACAAUAAUGUUGAUGUAAGUGUAGCAGUGAGUACAGAAAGUGGCCUAAUUACUCCGAUAGUUUUUAGUGCAGACACAAAAGGUAUAGUUCAAAUCAGCAAGGAUAUAAAAGCAUUAGCUACAAAAGCAAGAGAAGGAAAAUUGCAACCGCAAGAGUUCCAAGGAGGAACUAUUACUUUAUCGAAUUUAGGAAUGUUUGGCAUUAAGAACUUUUCUGCUAUUAUAAAUCCUCCUCAAUCAAUCAUUCUAGCUGUAGGCACAACUGAAACUAGGUUAAUACCUGCCAAGAAUGAAAAAGGAUUCACAAUUUCCCAAUUUAUGUCCGUCACUGCCAGCUGUGAUCAUCGUACCGUAGACGGUGCAGUAGGCGCACAAUGGCUAUCAGCUUUUAAGAAUUUCAUUGAAAAUCCAACAACUAUGCUGUUGUAGUAAAUUCAACCAUUGAAAUGUUCAGUGGGGUAGUUUGGACAGGUGCAAAUUAUAUGAAAAAAAAACAUUUUCUCAUUCAGAUAACUGACCAAAACUUUUGGUCCAAAAGUAUUCUGUAUAUUUAUGUAUAAUACAACAUCAAAUUUACUUUACGCAUUUGUAAAUCAUCAAUUUUCGAUGAAUUCAAAUUUUUCAAAGGUAUAUUUUAUCUCUUUUAAUAUCAAAAAUAUCAUUAGGGCAGGAGAAUUUGACAUUUUUCCUAAUUUACUAUAUACAGGAUGUCUCACUUGAUUUUUAUUUACUUGGGAUUUAUUUAAAAAAAUGAAAUUGAAUGAUAUAUUUGAAUCUUACUAGUUUUUUCGUGAGUAGAUACGUAAAAGUUGUAUGAAGAUCUAUUUUAUUUUUUUUUUUUAAUGAAACUAUAUUUUUUAAUGCAUACGAAUAAUAACUUUGUAAAUCAAAAUGUCAAAAUCAAACGAGACGUCCUAUAUAUAUAUAUAUAUAUGCGUGUGGUUUUUCAGUGAAUAUAAAGUAUAAGACUGACUAUUUAUUUCACUACUAAAAGAAAUAACAAUCUCAUUACUUUAUUAUUGAAAAACCACAUCUUCCCCAUAGCAAUAGUAGUGGCCACGUGUAAAUAUGUGUAUUUAUGAAAUAAUAUUAUGGCCAUCAUAUAUUGCAAUAAUUCAAUUGAAACUUAGGGGAAAUUGUUAAGCGAAAUGUGUCAAAAUGUUUAUAGUAAAUAAUAUACACAAAUGUGUAUCAUAUUUAAUAAAUUCUAAUUUAAAGGUU